AUGACGGAAAAAAGCGAAAGCUCUCCUAGAGAUGAAAGUGUGGUUGAAAUGUCUGGCUCCACAAAGAUCGUCAGUCCGAGCACCAUGCUGUUUCCCGAGGAAGACAAAAGACUGCUACGCAAAAUUGAUAUUUGUCUUCUUCCAAUCAUGGCCAUGUGCUACAUGUUCCAGUUCCUCGACAAGUCCGCAUUGAGCCUGACAGCAAUCUUGGGUAUACGUGAAGACCUUGGUAUUUCCGGGAGCGCAUACUCUUGGGCAAAUAGUGUUUACUACUUUGGGUAUCUCAUCGCAUCAUAUCCAGCCGCGGCUCUCAUGGUUCGCCUACCUACUGGAAAGACCAUUGCGGCGUCAAUCUUUUUCUGGGGCUGCGUUCUCAUUUUGACACCGCUCUGCUUCAACAGCGCUGGUCUUCUCGCGAACCGUUUUUUCCUUGGCGUCACGGAAGCCGCCGUUGCGCCGGGAUUAGGUGUACUCAUCUCCAUGUGGUAUAAGCGAUCUGAACAACCUCUUCGACAGGCAGCAUGGUUUCUCGGAAGCCCAUUCGCAGGAAUGAUUGGCGGGUUAGUGGGCUAUGGAAUCGGUCAUGUACACAGCAUCCCAUCGUGGAAGGCCAUUUUCGCAAUUUUUGGCGCUGCUACAAUUGCAUGGGGCAUCGCAAUGUUCAUUGCCCUGCCCGAUGUGCCCACCAAAGCAUUCUUCUUGAGCAAGGAAGACCGCGAAAAAGCCAUCAUACGAGUGCAGGACAACAUGACUGGCAUCAAGAACAAUCAGAUCAAGUGGGCGCAAGUGCGUGAGGCGUUCGCUGAUACAAAGUUGUGGCUUCUCGUUGGAAUUCAGCUCUGCUACAACAUUCCGAAUGGCGGUGUUGCAAGCUUUGGUCCCAUUGUCAUCAAAGGCAUGGGGUUUAGCACAUUUUCGACAUUGCUUCUCAACAGUUUAACAUUUGCUUUCCAGGCUGUUUUUGUUAUUAUUGCGACAGCUGGAAGUACAUAUCUGCGCAAUACUCGAACCCUUUGGAUAGCAUGGGGAUUCUCACUGUCGCUGGCUGGCGCCAUCAUGAUUCGUGUUCUUGACCCGGCUCAAAAGUGGUCUCGUUUCAUCGGAGUUUGCUUCUUGUUCGGGUACGCUUGCGCCUUUCCACUCAAUGUUUCAAUGAUCACCAGCAACACUGGAGGCUUCACAAAGAAGAUGACGAUGAAUUCAAUGAUCUUCAUCGCAUACUGUGUUGGAAACAUUAUAGGCCCACAACUCUUCUUUGCGAGAGAGUCGCCAAGUUACACCUCUGGCUUUCUAGCCAUGUUGGUAUGCUACGCAGGUGGCAUACUUCUGUCCGUCAUGCUUCGGUACUACCUCGUAUGGGAGAACCGUCGUCGGGACAAGGCAGCGGGGAAUACGGUAAAGCUAGUCGACGUUGAGGCCAUUAACCAGGCUGACUUGACAGACAAGGAGAUUGCAGAGUUCAGAUAUGUCUAUUAA